AUGAGGUGGUGUGGCUCAGGAAGCUUGGGGAGAGCAGGAACUCUCCUUGCUCUGCUGCUUCCCCUCUGGGAGCUGGGCUGCUGGGGGUUGAUCUCCGCCUCUGGGGGGCAGAACCAGGCGCAGCACACUACUGUAGGCCCCUGGGAGAUGCUUCGCAGGCACAAACGCAGCUGGGUAUGGAACCAGUUUUUUGUCCUGGAGGAGUACACAGGCGAAGAACCUCUUUAUGUUGGCAAGCUCCACUCAGACAUGGACAAAGGGGAUGGCAAGGUGAAAUACGUGCUCUCAGGAGAGGGCUCCACCUCCAUCUUCACCAUCGACGAGAACACAGGAGACAUCCACGCCACCAAGCGUCUGGACCGGGAGGAGCAGGCCUAUUACACGCUUCAGGCCCAGGCCGUGGACCGGAUCACCAACAUCCCUGUGGAGCCCAGGUCAGAGUUCCUGGUCAAGGUCCAGGACAUCAAUGACAAUGAGCCCAAGUUCAUGGAUGGGCACUACAUGGCCGGAGUACCGGAGAUGUCAGCAUUGGGAACAAUGGUGGUCCAAGUGGCAGCCACAGAUGCAGAUGAUCCCACAUAUGGGAACAGUGCCAGGGUGGUCUACAGAAUCAUCAGCGGACAACCCUACUUCUCAGUGGAACCAAAAACAGGCAUCAUCCGGACAGCGCUGCCCAACAUGGACCGAGAGGUGAAAGACCAAUACGUUUUGGUCAUCCAGGCCAAAGACAUGGUGGGCCAGAUGGGCGGCCUUUCAGGCACCACCUCUGUCACGAUCACUCUCACCGACGUCAACGACAACCCGCCACACUUCUCUCGCAAGAACUAUCAGUACACUGUGCUGGAGUCCUUGCCUGUGGCAUCCGUGGUGGCCAGGGUCAAGGCUGUGGAUGCAGACAUAGGCCCCAAUGCAGAGAUGGAGUAUAGGAUCAUUGAGGACGGACCUGGGUUGUUCAACAUCACCACAGAUGAGGACACGCAAGAGGGCGUCAUCAUCCUUCAAAAGCCGUUAGACUUUGAGACCAAGAACAGCUUUAAUGUGCGAAUCGAAGCCACCAAUCGGAACAUCGACCCUGCGUUCGUGCACCUGGGUUCCUUCAGCGACACAACGUCGGUCAAGGUGACGGUGAAGGACGUGAACGAGUCGCCUGUGUUCUCGACACAACUCAACAGGAUGGUGAUCUCUGAGGAUGCCAGAGUUGGCACCUCCAUCGGGAGGGUCUCCGCGCACGAUCCGGACACCUCCAACAGUGCCAUCAGGUACUCCAUAGAUAGAAACACAGACCUGGAGCGUAUCUUCAAUGUGGAUGCUCUGAGUGGGGUCAUCAGUACUGCCAAGCCCCUGGACCGAGAGGUCAACUCUGUCCACAACCUUACCAUACUCGCCAUGGAGAGCCAGGAUCCAACAAAGAUUGGAAAAGGUUUUGUGGCCAUCACAGUGCUGGACAUCAAUGACAACGCUCCGGUGUUUGCCAUCGCGUAUGAGACCCUCCUAUGUGAGAAUGCAGCUCCUGGACAGGUCAUCCAGACCAUCAGCGCAGUGGACAAGGAUGAAUCUCCCAGUGGUCAUCUCUUCUACUUUGCCCUACCUGCGUCUGUGGUUAGCAACAGCAACUUCACUCUCCGAGACAACAAAGACAACACGGCGUCUAUCGUAACGAAACGUGGAGGGUUUCGUAGACAGGAGCAGAUGCUGUAUCGACUGCCCGUGUUGAUUGUCGACAAUGGAAGCCCUGCCCUCAGUAGCACCAGCACCUUAUCAGUGAACGUGUGUGACUGUGACUCGGACGGUGUGGCCCAAUCGUGUGGAGCCAUGCCCUACACACUUCCUGCUGGCCUCAGUACAGGGGCCCUGGUCGCAAUUCUGGGAUGCAUCAUUACACUGCUGGUGAUGGUGCUGAUGAUCAUGUCGAUGCGUCAGAGGAAGAAGGAGCCAUUGAUUCUGGAGGAGGAGAGGGACGUGAGGGAGAACAUCGUCCGCUACGACGAUGAAGGUGGAGGAGAGGAAGACACUGAGGCCUUCGACAUGGUAGCCCUCCGCAACCUCAACGUCAUCAGAGACCCCAAGGUCCGGCGAGACGUCAUCCCUGACACCCACACCUUCUUCCCCUAUCCAACGUCCUCCUCCUCGCAGCCUGUCCACAAAACCCUGCCAGACAAUGUGGUGUUCAGAGAGUUCAUCUGGGACCGCCUGAAAGAUGCAGAUGUUGAGCCUUCAGCUUCGCCAUACGACUCUUUGCAGAUGUACGCCUUUCAGGGGAGUGGCUCGGUAGCUGAAUCCUUAAGCUCCUUGGAGUCGCUAAGUACAGACUCAGAGCAGAACUACGACUAUCUCAGCACCUGGGGGCCACGUUUCAAGAAGCUAGCCGACCUGUAUGGCAACAGCGACGGCAAUAGCAAUGGCAACAGCAUGUUGUCAUAGCCAAAACUUUCCUGAACUUAGACAACAAAUAUGUUAUGAUAGUCUUGGGUGAGAGUCUGUGAAAACAAAGUGAGAUAGGAAAAAUACAAGUGACUUCAAAGGUUGGGUUUGUUUAUGUGCCUUGGAUUUGGGAUUUUCAAAAGGGGUGACUUGGCAAGUUUUGACAAGUCAUUUCAAAAGUGAGUUGACUGAAGAGCAAAAACAUUAAAAGGUUUCAUAGUUGAGCUGAGGUCCAGCGUACAUGAUAGGCUACAGUAUAUUUAUGUGGAGAAACCUGUUCUCUCAAUCCUGACAUGGGCACAGACCCAGCAGUCUUGCAUUGAUGCAUUCUCUUGCUCUUUUUGUUUAAAAAAACAAACUUUUCUCCUGAAGUGCCCAGUCCCGGCUGGCUAAUCGGUAGAGUAGUCACUCAACUAUUAAUUUGAAAGUCAUGAAGAGUGUCAAUAUUUUGUUUUUGUUCUGUGUUUUUCACAGAGACUAUGAAGAAAAUGUAUUAAGUCAGACUCACAGAGACAAAAACAAUCAUCAAAUCAAAUUUUAUCGGUCACAUACACAUAUUUAACAGAUGCGGGUGUAGAGAAAUGCUUGUGUUCCUAGCUCCAACAGUGCAGUAAUAUCUAACAAAUCACAGCAAUACACACAAAUCUUAAAGUAAAAUAAUAAGGACAAGCAAUGUUGGCGUGGCAUUGACUAAAAUACAGUAGAAUAGAAUACAGUAUAUACAUAUGAAAUGAGUAAAGCACUAUGUAAACAGUAUUCAAGUGAUUAGCAUUCCAUUAUUCAAGUGACCAGUGAUUCCAUGUCUCUGAAUAUGGGGCAGCAGACGGCUAGUAAUGGUUAUUUAACAGUCUGAUGGCCUUGAGAUAGCAGGUUGAACAGGCCAUUGUUACAGGUGGUUGAUGUCCUUGAUGACCUUUUUGGCCUUCCUGUGACAACGGGUGCUGUAGGUGUCCAGGAGGGCAGGCAGUGUGCCCCCGGUGAUGGGUUGGGCAGACCGCACCACCCUCUGGAGAGCCCUGCGGUAGCAGGCGGUGCAGUUGCUGUACCAGGCGGUGAUACAGCCUGACAGGAUGCUCUCAAUUGUGCAUUUGUAAAAGUAUGUGAUGGUCUUAGGGGCCAAGUCAAAUUUCUUCAGCCUCCUGAGGUUGAAGAGGCGCUAUUGCGCCUUCAACACCACGCUGUUUGUGUGGGUGGACCAUUUCAGAUCAUCAGUGAUGUGUACACCGAGGAACUAGAAGCUUUCCACCUUCUCCGCUGCGGUCCCGUCGAUUUGCAUGGUCCCUCUGCUUUCUACUAAAGUUCAUGAUCAGCUCCUUAAUUUUGUUGACGUUGAGGGAGAUGUUAUUUUCCUGCCACCACUCCGCCAAGGCCCUCACCUCCUCCCUGUAACCUGCCUCGUUAUGGUUGAUAAUCAGGCUUACUAUGUUUGUGUAGUCCACAAACUUGAUGAUUGAGUUGGAGGCGUUUGUGGCCACGCAGUCAUGGGUGAACAGGUAAUACAGGAUGGGGCUGAGCACGCACCCUUGUGGGGCCCCUGAGUUGAGGAUCAGUGAAGGGGAGGUGUUGUUUCCUACCUUCACUUGGAGAGUUCUAUCGUGUUGAAGGCUGAGCUAUAGUUAAUGAAAAGCAUUCUUAUAUAGGUAUUCCUCUUGUCCAGAUGGCAUAGGGCAGUGUAAUAAUCUGUGGAUCUAUUUGGGCAGUAAGCAAAUUUAAGUGGAUCUAGGGUGUCAGGUAAGGUAGAGGUGGUAUGAUCCUUAACUAGCCUCUCAAAGCACUUCAUGACGACAGAAGUGAGUGCUACGGGGUGAUAGUCAUUUAGUUCAGUUGCCUUUGCUUUCUUGGGUACAGGAACGAUGGUGGACAUCUUUGAAGCAAGUGGUGACAGCAGGCUGGGAUAGGAAGAGAUUAAAUAUGUACAUUAACACUCCAGCAAGUGGGUCAGCGCGCAUGCCCUGAGGAUGCAGCUAGGGAUGCUGUCUGGACUGGCAGCCUUGAGAGGAUUAACACGCUUAAAUGUGUUACUCACGUCAGCCACGGAGAAUGAGAGCCCACUGUCCUUGGGAGCAGGCUGCGUCGAUGACGCCUGCCCCUCAAAGGUGGGGGAAGAAGGUCUUUAGCUUGUCCGGGAGCAAGACGUCGGUGUCCACGACGUGUCUGGUUUUCCCUUUGUAAUCCGUGAUUGUCUGUAGACUCUGCCACAUAUGUCUUGUGUCUUAGUCCCCGAAUUACGACUCCACUUUGUCUCUGUACUGAUGUUUUACCUGUUUGAUUGCCUUACAGAGGGUAUAACUACACUGUUUGUAUUCAACCAUAUUCCCAGUCACCUUGCCAUGGUUAAAUGUGGCGGUUCAUUGCUAUUUGUGUCAAGUAGUCAGGUGUACAGAUCUUUAAUUUCCUGAGAGAAAUCUGUGUACAUUUUCUCCUCUUAACAUUGCAUUUAACAGAUGUUAGAAUGUGGUGUUUGCCUUUGAAGUCUGUUUCCCUUAGGCUCAAUCAAGUCCACUUUUAUGUAAUAAUGAUGUAAUAACAAUGAUGUAACAUUAUGGUUCAGAUAGAAAAUCCAUAUCCAUCUGGUUUGAACCUUUAAAUAAAGAGUUUUUCAUUAUUUGCAAAGGAAUUCGGAAUUCACAGUCGAUGUUGGAUACUUGCAACUUUGACUUGAAUAAAGUGAAGGCUUUUUUGAAUGG